AAUGCGUGCUCAGAAUUUUGAUGUCAUACGACUGUCAACCUAUAGAACAGCUUGCAAAUUAAGAUUUGUGCAAAAACGAUGUAACCUUCAUCUUGUUGAUAUCUGGAACAUGAUAGAAGCCUUCCGAGAUAAUGGCCUUAAUACACUGGACCAUAAUACUGAGAUCAGUGUGUCCCGCCUUGAAACCAUCAUCUCAUCCAUCUACUACCAGCUGAACAAAUGCCUUCCUUCCACUCACCAGAUCAGCGUGGAGCAGUCCAUCAGCCUUCUCCUUAACUUCAUGAUUGCUGCGUAUGACAGCGAGGGCCGAGGCAAGCUGACGGUUUUCUCUGUGAAAGCGAUGUUAGCAACCAUGUGUGGUGGGAAGAUGCUGGACAAGUUGCGAUAUGUUUUCUCCCAGAUGUCAGAUUCCAAUGGCUUAUUGAUAUUUAGCAAGUUUGACCAGUUUCUGAAGGAAGUUCUGAAGCUCCCAACAGCAGUCUUUGAAGGGCCAUCUUUUGGUUACACAGAGCACUCAGUCCGCACCUGUUUCCCACAGCAGAAAAAGAUAAUGCUGAAUAUGUUUUUAGACACGAUGAUGGCUGACCCCCCUCCCCAGUGCCUUGUCUGGCUCUCUCUCAUGCACAGGCUCGCCCAUGUGGAGAAUGUCUUCCAUCCUGUGGAGUGUUCCUACUGCCAGUGUGAGAGCAUGAUGGGCUUCCGGUACCGAUGCCAGCAGUGCCACAACUACCAGCUCUGCCAAAAUUGCUUUUGGCGCGGCCAUGCCAGUGGCCCUCACAGCAACCAACACCAGAUGAAGGAGCAUUCCUCUUGGAAAUCGCCUGCAAAGAAGCUGAGCCAUGCAAUUAGUAAAUCCUUGGGGUGCGUACCCACCAGAGAACCCCCACAUCCUGUUUUUCCUGAGCAACCAGAGAAACCGCUUGACCUUGCGCACAUAGUCCGUCCUCGUCCCCUGACAAAUAUGAAUGACACCGUGGUUAGCCACAUGUCCUCUGGAGUGCCCACCCCCACCAAGAGGUAA